AUGUUUGUUCUUGUAUAUUGCCUAAUAUUUAAUGAGUGAAAAGAAAAGAAGGAAAGCAACUUGAGGGCUUGUUUGUCUUCUAUUGCCUAACUGCUUUUUUCUCCUUUUCUUUCUCUUUCUCUCUCAUAAUCAAUGAGAGCAUAUCUUGAUCCUAUUGUUACCCUUUACACUACUUCUCCAAGUUAAAAUCUUCAUAACGAUCCUCUCUGUCUAAUCUAAAGCUUUUUGGCUCAAGAUAGUAAAGAAGCAGCUAUAGCAGCAAAAAGUAGUCAUGGACGGUUCUUCUGGUACUUCUUUAGAACUAGACUCAAAAGUUUCAGAACCCAAAUCAGAAACUCAGGCAUCAAAAAGAAGGAAGGUGGUUGAGAAGACUGUUGUUAAAGUAAAGAUAGGAGCAAAUGCUGGGAAAUUAAAGAAUGAAGGGCCACCUUCUGAUUUUUGGUCAUGGAGGAAAUAUGGGCAAAAACCUAUCAAAGGAUCUCCUUAUCCAAGGGGGUAUUACAGGUGCAGCACAUCAAAAGGCUGUUCAGCCAAGAAACAAGUUGAAAGAUGCAGAACAGAUGCUUCAGUUCUGAUAAUCACUUAUACCUCUACACAUAACCAUCCAGGUCCUGACCUUCAUGCUACCAACCUAAUUAACCAGCAAGAACAACCAAAAGAGUCCCAAAACCAAAAACAACCCAGUACUACUAAAGAUCAUAGUCCAACAACUACAGAAGAAGAAGAAGAAGAUGAAGAAGAGGAGAAUCAGAAUCAACCCAUUGUGGAAAAUGAAAUUAUUCAUAAAAAUGACAAUAUCGAAGAUGGUAAUGAUUUUCAUUACUUGCAAUCAUCUCCACUAAGUUGUACACAAGAUAUGAUGAUUAGCCAAGAAGACCCAUUUAUCGAAAAAAAACCAGAUGCAGAGCAAACUCAUGAAAAUGACACACUGGGUAUUCUCUUGGAUGAAGAACCUAUAGUCUCUUCUUGCCCAACAUUGAUGACAUUUUCAACACCAAGUAAAUCAGAAGAAAAUGACUUCUUUGAUGAACUAGAAGAGCUACCCACAUAUUCAGCUUUCACUAGCUUCUUCAUGAGGAGCAAUUUUUACGAUGAAAGGAUUCCUGUUGUCCCUUCUUGAUCUUGGUGUUUUGGGGGCCUGCAGUUGCAGGUUCUUGAAAAAUGUACUUAAAGAACAGAAAUGUUAAUAUUUAUGAUAAGAUUAAAUAUAUUUGGCCACUACUAGUAGUAA